AUGUCAGACUAUAGUUCAAAUACUGUUAAUCAAUUGAAGGAAAUCUUGGAAUCCAGAGGAUUGCCAACCACUGGUAAAAAGGCUGACUUAGUUGAAAGAUUAGUUGAAGCUGAUAAAUCUGGUGAAGUUGAAGAAGAAUCUAAACCAGAAGAAACCACUGAGGCUACUGAAACUCCAGUGGAGGAACCUCAAGAAGCUACUGAAGAAUCUGAAGAAUCUGCACCAGUUGAAGCUGAAGAAACCAAACCAGAGCCACCUAAAAAAAUGACUCCAGAAGAAAGAAAACAAUUAGCUGUUGAAUUAUUGAAUAAAAAAAUUCAAAGAGCUGAAAAGUUUGGUGAUGAAGCUUCAGCUGAAAACGCCAGAAAAGAUUUAUCAAGAGUUGAAAAAUUUGGUGUCGAACCAGGUACUGCUUUAGCUAAAGAAAUCGGUCUUGUUGAUAAUAGUUUCAAUAAUGGAUUAAGAGAUAAACCUUUCAGAAAAUUCAAGAGAGGUGGUUUCAAACAUCGUGGUGGAAGAGGUAAUCACCGUGGAGUUUCCAAACCUAGAUACAACAAUCGUAGAUGA